UAAACCCUUGCAAAACCUAUGAAGGAAAAAUGAAGACAAAAAGACAUUCAUAAUUUUCCAAAGACGCAUUCUUUUCUCAGUCUUGUCCUAGAAUUCAAAAAAAGCGAUGCUUUAUCAAUGGGGAUUUACAGAUCUCUGCAAACCCUAAUCACCAAAAACCCUAAGAAAGCUCGAACUUUUUUGACCUCAGCAUCUACGAAUUCAACUGCUACAACAGCCACUUAUGUAAUUCCACCUCUAUCCUCCCCUCUCUUUCACACCCGAGUCUCCCCCUUUUCUCCGUCUCUUUCUAAAUGGAUCGCUCCUUUCAAUGGCCCUCUCUUCCUCGCUUCUCCUCCCUGGAAGCUCUCCCAAUCCGCCACUCCCUUCUGGGGCAACGUCACCGUUUUAAGAAAAGUCCAAGCGUUGAAUCUUGACUUGAUCAGAGGCGGCGGAGCUAAAUUCCCAGUCAAGCUACGAUUUGGGUCUGUCCUAUCGAACCCGACAGCCUUGGAUCGGAUGGAAACCCAGAAGCAAAGUAAUAAGGAGAGGGAAGCUGUGCUUGAGAGUUUCGUGAAUUUGCCCAAUUUCAUUUCAAUGAGUCGAUUGGUUUCUGGUCCUUUGCUUGGAUGGAUGAUUGUAAAUGAAAUGUAUGGUCUUGCAUUUGUGGGAUUGGCUAUCUCUGGUGCAACUGAUUGGUUGGAUGGUUAUAUAGCUAGAAAGAUGAGGAUUAAUUCUGUGGUGGGUUCUUAUCUUGAUCCUCUUGCUGAUAAGGUUCUUAUUGGAUGUGUUGCUUUGUCAAUGGUACAUAACCAUCUUUUGCACACUGGACUUGUCGGGCUUGUUGUCUUUCGAGAUGUUGCCCUUGUUAGUGGUGCUGUGUACCAAAGAGCCAGUAGCUUGGGUUGGCAGUGGAAAAGUCGACUAGAUUUCUUUAAUCUUGAUGGGACUAGUCCACAGAAGGUUGAGCCUCUCUUUAUAAGCAAAGUUAACACAGUUUUCCAGCUGAUAUUAGUUGCUUCAGCUCUCCUUCAACCUGAGUUUGGAACACUAGAAACUCAAUUAUGCAUCACAUACUUAAGUUGGUUAGUGGCUGCCACAACAGUAGGUUCUACCUUUGCAUAUGGAGCACAACACAUGAGAAAGAGACCAGGGUCGAUGACUAGAAAGCAUUAGGUUGAAUUCCUAGUGCAACACUAGGACAAUCGAUGAGUUCCUUCAGUGUGUGAGCUUAUAGAGCUGUAGAUGGGAAGAAAAGAAUGAUUGCAUAGGAUACAAACCAGAUGUUGAGCCAAAGGAGCUUAUCGGUUACCUGUAAAUGGCCUGCACUAUCUUGUAACAACAGCAACAGAAACAAUUUAAGAAUACAGGGUUUGGCAAAGCAUCCUAUUAGUAUAACUUGUAAAGUUUUGUCAUUGGUGUUUAAGCUCCGUUCAAGAAAUUAUGUUGAUUUCUAUAA